GGGAAACCACCGAGGCGCUGCCGGGCAUUGAGAAGAAUAUGAUAGAGCUGAGCUGAACUAUAGAGGUAAGGUAUCGCGCGUCUAACGGCCCUUUUCAGAUUGUGGAAAUGAUAGUUCGUUAUAUAGGUAAGAAAGUUUCUAGCUUUACUUUUAGAUUUGUUUACAUCUCAAAGCAAGACGCCGCCGCUUAUUGAUUUCUUACCUAGUACGUACCUAGGUAGGUAGCAUACGCUCUCUCUACUUUUCAGUCUUUUUCAGUCUUUACUUUUCAGUCUUUACCUUUCAGUCUUCACCUUCCACGCUCGUUUGGAUAUCAACAUUUUAUAUUACUGUGUACCUACCUAGGUAGACAUUCUUUAUCAGUAUACGAUAUCUAGGAAUUUACUCCUUUCCGCUUCAAGACAGCUUACAGACAUGUUGGCACCUCGAUGGAUGACAUUGAGCUUUUCACUCUUUUCCGCAGCUUCUGCGAUAAAUACUCGGAGUAAUUCGAGUGUCGAUCAGCUGAAUAUGACAGCGGCGGCCGUGGACGCCAUGAUGAUGUUAUACGACGACAAGACCGGUCUUUGGGAACCCAAUAGUAAAUUAACGUCUUGGUGGCAGAGCGGUGUUGCGCUCUGGGCUCUUGCAGAGUACAUGCUCAAAACUGGGUCUCGCGAAUAUCUCGACCAAGCAAAGAACACGGUCAAGGUCCAAAGAGCGCCACUCUCUUGGUGGCCGGAAGGAGGAGGCGACUUCCGCGCCGACAGCACGGAUGAUACGGGCUGGUGGGCUCUCGCAAUGAUAAGCAUGUAUGAGCUCACCGGUGACGAUAUGUAUCUUGAUAUCGCCAAGGAAGAUGAAGCAUAUAUGUGGAAGUAUUGGAACACCACGACUUGUGGUGGUGGCCUUAUCUGGAACAUCCCGUCCUUGAGUUACCACAAUGCCAUAAGCAACGAGCUCUACUUAGAGUUGGCAGCCAAACUGCACAAUCUCGUCGAUGGCGAUACGGAGUAUCUGAACCGCGCAUUGAAGGAAUGGCAGUGGUUCACCGACAGCGGCAUGGUAAACCCGCAGGGUCUCGUUAACGACGGGCUCACGGAGGACAUCACUUGCAUGAACAACGGCGACACGACGUGGACCUACAAUCAAGGCGUAGUUCUUGGCGGGCUAGUCGAGCUCUUUAAAGCGACGGGCGAAAAGUCGUACCUAAACUCCGCGCGCUCGAUCGCAGAUGCCGCAGUCAAUAGUACGCUGCUGAUCCAAGACGGCAUCAUCACGGAGCCGUGUUCGAGCGAGACCCAAUGCGAGCCCAACGGCACCAACUUCAAGGGCAUUUUCGUGCGCGAGCUGGCGAAGCUGAAUGCCGCACUUGACGAUCACCCUUAUACCGACUUGAUCAAGACGAAUGCGGAAGAGGCGUAUGCCAAUGCGCGAAACGACUCGGAUUUCUACGGGUUUCUUUGGAUGGGUCCGUUUGAUGUUGUUACGAUUGGGACUCAGGAGGCGGCUGUUCAUUUGCUGACUGCGGCAUACCUGUGAUGAUGUUGUAAUG